UAAACACUAUUAAAGUUUUUGCUCGAACACGAUGAAUAAGGACAAUACAUUUUUCAAAAAUUUAUACACCAAUUCUAUUCAUAAUAUGCAGAGCAAGAAGUCAUCGCAUUGUGGCUCCAUGGAAGCGAUUGCCCUGCCUCGGGAGAUGAAUAGUUCUCCUGAGAAUAUGCGCGAGCAGAAGAAUAGCUCUCCUGAUAAAAUGCGCCAGCAGAAGAAUAGUUCUCCUGAGAAUAUGCGCGAGCAGAAGAAUAGCUCUCCUGAUAAAAUGCGCCAGCAGAAGAAUAGUUCUCCUGAUAAAAUGCGCCAGCAGAAGAAUAGUUCUCCUGAUAAUAUGCGCCAGCAGAAGAAUAGUUCUCCUGAUAAAAUGCGCCAGCAGAAGAAUAGUUCUCCUGAUAAUAUGCGCCAGCAGAAGAAUAGUUCUGAUAAUAUACGCCAGCAGAAGAAUAGUUCUCCUGAUAAUAUGCGCCAGCAGAAGAAUAGUUCUCCGCAUAGUGUGCGCCAGAUCUCGUCCCGUACUAAUGUGAUGGGUAAAGGACCAAAAAAGCAGGACGUCCAGGAUGAUCCACAAUGUUCUUGUAAAUAUCCUCAGUGUCCGAUUAAAUUGGGGAAGGGGUCCUAUCGUGUUCAGGCCUCACCUUCAAAAAACAUUUAUCAAGUUUAUUCUUCGAAGUCUCAGAAAGUGAAGAAUCCUCAGAAGCAGUCAAGUCAAAGCCCCUCGACUGGUUCCAAUAACUCAUAUGAUUCCGAAAUCUGGUGGAGCAGCCCUCGAGAUGAGGAGGCUGAAGGAGAAGAAAAGAAGAGUGUGUCUUCACCCAUAGGAAUUAGCUUCCCUAGAGCUCCAUCUCAUGGCAUUAUUGACUACGACGGCGCUAAAUUUACCAGUAGUUCCAGCUCUAAGAGCUCCAAGUCAAAAAAAUCCCAUAUGGCUGUUAUUCCUCCAAGGAAUGGCGCUUUUCUCAGAGCAGCAGCACGCUCGCAGAUUGAAUUUCAAAAAACCAUUGAUGAAUUUAUGCUUGAGGUUGGGUCAAUCAAAUCGAAGGCGAAGUCAGGGUUGCCAACCAAAUUAUCUUAUGGAGAGACUAUGAAUGCUAAGAAUACAAUGUUCGAAAAAGUACGGUCAAUUAACCAAAGUUCCCAUAAGCCCAAAGACUUCAAAGUCAGUGCCCAAGAGUUAGUAAGCUUCAAGAUUAUUGCUCCGUUUAUCCAGAAAUUUCAAGAAAUUUGUCUGAAUACUAUGAAGGAUUCAUUGGCAUUAACAAAGGAACUUGAAAAGAUCCCCAAAUUGAUCAGCGAAAUUUACGGGGAGACUGUAAUGGAGUAAAGCGAUCCGCUUCGUUCGUUUAAAUAUUUACACAUUCUGAUUUUUAUAUUCUGUAUAAUAAAGAUUGG